AUGGUGACGGUGGUCCUGCUAGGGCUCGGCUGGCUGUGCACCCCCCUGGGAGCCCUGGUCCUGGAUUUCAACAACAUCAAGAGCUCUGCGGACGCGCAAGGGGCCCGGAAGGGUUCACAGUGCGUGUCUGACAAGGACUGCAAUACUAGAAAAUUCUGCCUCAAACCCCAGGAUGAGAAGCCAUUCUGUGCUACUUGUCGUGGAUUACGGAGGCGGUGCCAACGGGCUGCCAUGUGCUGCCCAGGGACGCUCUGCGUGAACGAUGUCUGUACUAUAAUGGAGGAUGCAACCCCAAUCCUGGAGCGGCAGACGGAUGACCAAGGUGACACAGAUACACAAGGAACGACUGAGCACCCAGUUCAGGGAAACAAACCCAAGAGGAAGCCAAAUACUAAAAAAUCACAAGGCAGUAAGGGACAAGAGGGAGAAAGCUGUCUUAGAACUUCUGACUGCGGACCUGGACUUUGCUGUGCUCGCCACUUUUGGACUAAAAUUUGUAAACCGGUCCUCCUGGAGGGACAGGUGUGCUCCAGGAGAGGGCACAAAGAUACCGCACAAGCUCCGGAAAUCUUCCAGCGCUGUGACUGUGGUCCCGGGCUAGCAUGUCGAAGCCAAGAGGCUGGAAACCGACAACACGCACGGUUAAGGGUGUGCCAGAAAAUCUAA